AUGCCUCAAAAAGAAUACCACAGCCAAGCCACGUGGGAGUCUGGCGUAGCCUCGAUGAUGCAGAACAAGGUCUAUGACAUCUGUGAUGAAGGUCACAGCGGUGUGAACCAGCUGGGCGGUGUGUUUGUUAAUGGUAGACCGCUACCGGACACCACCAGGCAGAAAAUCGUCGAACUUGCUCAUAGUGGCGCGCGGCCGUGCGACAUCUCCAGGAUUCUGCAGACCCAUGAUGACUCAAAAGUCCAAGUGCUGGAAAAUGAAAACGUGUCCAACGGGUGCGUGAGUAAGAUCCUUGGCAGAUACUAUGAGACUGGCUCCAUAAGACCGAGAGCGAUCGGAGGCAGCAAGCCGAGGGUAGCCACUCCAGAGGUGGUGGGGAAGAUAGCGCAGUACAAGCGGGAGUGCCCGUCUAUUUUCGCCUGGGAGAUCCGCGACAGACUGUUGUCGGAGGGGGUCUGCACCAACGACAAUAUACCCAGUGUGUCGUCGAUAAACAGAGUCCUCCGCAACCUGGCUAGCGAGAAGCAACAGAUGGGCGCAGAUGGCAUGUAUGACAAGCUGAGAAUGCUCAACGGUCAGACAGGAACUUGGGGGACACGGCCCGGCUGGUACCCCGGAACUUCAGUGCCAGGGCAGCCCAACCAAGAUGGCUGCCAGCCACAGGACGGUGCUGGAGAGAACACAAACUCCAUCAGUUCGAAUGGGGAGGAUUCUGACGAGACGCAGAUGCGACUCCAACUAAAGAGAAAACUCCAGAGGAACCGCACGUCGUUCACACAAGAGCAGAUUGAAGCACUGGAAAAAGAAUUUGAAAGGACUCAUUAUCCUGACGUUUUCGCGAGGGAAAGACUGGCAGCGAAAAUAGAUCUGCCUGAAGCAAGAAUACAGGUGUGGUUCUCAAACAGAAGAGCGAAGUGGAGGCGGGAGGAGAAGCUCCGGAACCAGCGUCGUCAGGCCAGCAACUCCUCCAGUCACAUCCCCAUCAGCAGCAGCUUCAGCACCAGCGUCUAUCAGCCCAUGCCUCAGCCCACCACACCGGUGUCCUUCACAUCUGGGUCUAUGUUGGGCAGACCUGACACGGCCCUCACCAACACGUACAGCGCCCUGCCUCCCAUGCCCAGCUUCACCAUGGCCAACAACCUGCCUAUGCAACCCAGCCAGACCUAUUCCUGCAUGCUGCCUACCAGUCCGUCUGUGAAUGGGCGGAGCUACGACACAUAUACGCCCCCUCAUAUGCAGGCACAUAUGAACAGCCAAUCAAUGAUCACUUCUGGUACCACCUCAACAGGACUCAUCUCUCCUGGAGUGUCUGUCCCUGUCCAAGUCCCAGGCGGCGAGCCUGACAUGUCUCAGUACUGGUCAAGACUACAAUAG